CUGCCCCCGGGGACGCAGCAGGACGCACCCCCGUCAGGCUCCUCGGAAGGUGGCUAGGAGGAGCGCGCACCACAGUGACCAGCUGCUAGGCGGCAGAAGCUGAGCGCCGAUCACAUCGAUCAACAGCCGCGCGCAAAUAGCCGACGGCCGAGACAGCCUGCCGGGUUCGGGGCGGGCUUUGGUGCCUCGCUUCCGGGACGCCAGCGGAUGUUGGGGUUUGAAUCGGGUGUCGGUUAUGACACUGGUGAGCCUUGGGCGUGAGGCUCGGAGCUGGGGAUGCUGCUUGCGGAGUUGCCGGAUGGUCCCUCAGUUUGAGUGCCCUAGAAGAUUGAAGACCUUGAGGGUGCCAGUGGCCGUUGCUGAGUGAGAAAAAACAUCUUUGAAGAGAAGUUCCAAAGAGUAAACAGCUAGAAGAAAGGUAAUAGAAUGAAUGAAAAUACCCUCUGCCACUUCCAAAGCCCAGCCUGUGUCCUCUGUCAACGAACUGAUGACUGUCCUGAAAAAUAUGGAGAAAAGAGAACUUACAAGGAAUACAAUCUCACUGUUCAUUACUACUGCUUGCUGAUGUCAAGUGGAAUUUGGCAGAGGGGUGAAGAAGAUGAAGGAGUUUAUGGGUUUUUAAUCAAGGACAUUAGGAAAGAAGUAAACAGAGCUGCAAAACUGAAAUGUAAUAUCUGUAAGAAAAAAGGUGCUUCGAUUGGAUGUGUAGCACCCAAAUGCAAACGAAGUUAUCAUUUCCCUUGUGGGGUUCAAAGGGAAUGCAUUUUCCAAUUCAUGGAACAAUUUGGGUCAUAUUGUUGGGAACACCGACCAGUUCAGAAACUUCCAUCUGAUGAAUCUAGAGGCUCUUCACAAUGUACAAUAUGCUUGGAAUUUGUUGAGCACUUUCCAAUGUACAAUAUACUGAAAAGUCCUUGCUGUAAAAAUGCGUGGUUUCAUAGAGACUGCUUGCAGUAUCAAGCUCUGAGUGCUGGGGUAUUUUUCUUUAGGUGCACAGUGUGCAAUAAUAAAGACAAAUUUCAGAAUGAAAUGUUGAGAAUGGGAAUACACAUUCCAGAAAAAGAUGCAUCCUGGGAACUUGAGGAGAAUGCAUAUCAAGACCUUCUGCAGCGUUACCAACACUGUGAUGCUAGAAGAUGUCUGUGCAGGAACGGGAGAGACUAUAAUAAACCUGAUAGUAAAUGGGAAAUCAAAUGCUGUCAGUGUUGUGGUUCCCGUGGGACGCAUUUGGCCUGUUCCCCAGUAGAGUCAUGGAAGGAAAACUGGGAAUGUAUAGAAUGCAGAAGUAUCUUCGCUAAGUCAGGGAAUUACCAAAAUCAGAAAAAACGCUCGAUGGCUACCUCAGAAAAAAUAGACGUUACUGGUCGUUUGUUGGAAGAGCCCUCUCCCAAGUGCCCCAGACAGUCACCAGGAUCCCAGCACAGCUUUCUUCUCAGGUCACCAAAGAUGUUGUACAAGGAGUCAAGUUGUUCAGGCACAUUAUUAGACCUUCCAGCAUCUAAUAAGAUGGUUAUGUCUAUAUCCCCACUGAUCAAUUCUUCAUCAAGGAAUCUAUCAGUAAGAAGAAUGCAACUAAGAAUACAAAAAAGAGAAGCUUCUAAUUUAUUGAGGGAGUUAAAGUUACAGGUUAAUAAUACAAAAACUACAAGACUGAACAUCAACAGAGACAAUAUCUGGAGUAGUGCCUUAAAAGGAUUCAGAGGGCGAAACUUCAAUCCUGCAAACACUAUGGAAGUGAAGUUCACAAAUUGCAAGGGUACAGUAGAGACAGAUGCUUUUCAUGGAUCAAAACAUGAGUUUUUCCGAUUAUUAAUGCUUCAUCUUCAGAAGUCAUCACUAUUUGAGGGCUCUUCCUCAAAGAACUUAUCUCUUGAUUCUCAAGCUAUAAAAGAGAAUUUAUACUAUGAAGCUGGCAAAAUGAUUGCAGUUUCUUUGGUUCAUGGUGGUGUACCUCCCAGUUUCUUUUCCAAAACUCUGUUUAACUGUCUUGUUUAUGGACCAGAGAAUGUGAAACCAACAGUGGAAGAUGUUGCAGAUUUUGAUGUAGCACAAACAAUAAAAAUGAUAAAAUCAUCAAGAACUCUGGCCAACUUAAAAUCUACAAUAAGUGACUGCUCUGAAUAUCUUACUAUUGCUGGAUGUUUAAGACCUAUGACAACUCUAUGUGAUAAGGAUAUGUUGGUGAACGACUUACUGAUCUAUCAUGUGAUUAAGCGAGUUCAUUCACCUUUUGAAAGCUUUAGGCAAGGUUUGAAAACGCUUGGUGUAUUGGAAAAAAUACAGCUGCAUCCUGAUGCAUUCUCUAGCAUAUUGUGUCACAAACCCGAGAGACUUUCAGCAAGAAUUCUUGGUGAUCUCUUUACAAUCCACUGUUUAUCAGGUGUAAACAAAGUCAAAGGUGUUGAUUUCUGGAUGGGUUAUUUACAAGAUGUGGAAGGUGGUGAGUCUGCAGCAACACUGGAAGACAUUCUGGUCUUUGCAACUGGUUCUAGUUCUAUCCCACCCAUUGGUUUUGAGCCUGACCCCUCAGUUAAAUUUCUACCUAUAAAAUACCCUGUUGGAAACAGACAACUUAACAGCUUAGAACUUCCAAUAACAAAGACAUAUGAGCAGUUUAAAAACAAAAUGGACUUUGCCAUCAGCAGCGCACUAAGACUAGAAGUAGAAUAAUUUUUUUUUGUUACUAAAGUUGAUCGCCAUAUUUGGGGUCGGGAAGGAAUUUUCCUCCGGGGCAGAUUGGCAGAGGCCCUGGAGGUUUUUCACCUUCCUCUGCAGCGUGGGGUAUUGGUCACUUGCUGGUGGAUUCUCUGCAGUUUGAGGUCUUCAAACCACAAUUUGAAGACUUCAAUAACUCGGACAUAGGUUAUGGGUUCGUUAUAGAAGUGGAUGGGUAGGGUUCUGUGGCCUGCUUUGUGCAGGGGGUCGGACUAGAUGAUCACAUUGGUUCCUUCUGACCCUAGAAUCUAUGAGUCUAUGAUGGCAAAUUCAAUUUUUCUGUUUGUGGGAUGUUCCUUCUUGUGAGCUGCUAUUACAUUUCUGAGCACUGAUACCCUCUUUUCCCAUCUCAGUUUUCCCCCACUGGUUUACAAAAAUUGCUUUUGUUGUUUGUCCAAUUUAUUGCUCUAGUUUGGAACUUACCAGAUAGUCUAAGCCCAAAUAAGAUUUUGUAAUUAGUCAUUUUAAGUUACAAAACUGUUUUAAAAAGUUGUAUUGGUUUAAUGCGUAUGCUCACAAAUCAAACUUGUGUGGAGAUUUUUCAAGUGGAAAAAAAUAAUUGGACAAGUCACUAGAGCAGUAGGUUAAAACUAUAUUUAAUUUUGGAAAGUCAGUAGUUACUGUACUUGUGUGCUGAACUUUUGAAGAUUAUACUACAAGAUAUAGAAAUUAAAACUGAUAUAAAGACAUUUUCAGGCUAAAAUUGGGGAUGUAAUAUUUUUCAUAUCUAUUGAAUCAUGUUCUUGUUGAAGUCAGAGUUUUGCUCUUGACUUCAAGGGCAACUGACAGCAUAACACUUAAAAACUGCCAAUUUUGCUAUAGAUAAAUAUGCAAGGUUAUAAAUAUUUUCAGCACACUGUUCCCUAUCAGUAAGUAUAGGUAAUGCUCUACACAUUGAGGUAACAUGAUUUAUCAAAGUCAAAGCAGGCACAUUUUUAAGGGUGAUCAACUCUAGAUUUUUAUAAUGUCUUUGAAAUAGCGGUGAUGGGACACUGCAUCAGUUCUUCUACGGGUGUUUUUUCAGUUUGACAUUCAGUAAAUAUUUUUUUCCUUUUUAAAUAUUAAUGAUGUGUUAAAUCCACAGAAGAGAGAAAAUUUGGAGUUUAAGGUAGUGUCCUUGGAAAAAUCAACCACAGUUCAGGGAAGACCAAGGAGAAUAAUGAAGUUUGAGAACUGAAUUUGCUUUCACUCUAAAUUUCUUGAUUCUUUGAGGUUUAAAUUAAAUCUUUAUCAUUUGCACAUGAAUUUUUAUAUAUCAGUGUUACACUAUAAAUUGCUAUCUAGAGUCAAAGGAAUAAAUAAAAUUCAGAAGUAAAAGAUCUGAAAGUGUGACUCUAAGUGUUUUAAAAACUAAACAUGAAAUUGUUAGCCUUACAGCUAUUUCUGCUGUUUAUUCCCACUAUGCUAGUUAGAACAAGAUGUUCACAUUUUACUUAAACUGAAUUCAGAGUAAUUUUGAUAAUAGCUUGCACCAUAAUUUCUUAUUAUCAUUUAUUCUGAUCCUUGUCCCAAAAUUCCAUUGCAGUCAAGGUCCAGCACUUCCUUUUUAUGCUCUUAUGCUAAAUGCCAUUUCUUUCUCAAUUGUUACUGCCUUUUAACAGCAUCAGCUACAGUAGGUACAUGUAAUGAACUUAAUAUUUGCAAUUCUACAGUAAUUAUGGUACCAUUUGCUUCUCAAAGAUACCGCAGUGGCCAUGGAUAUCUGGAUCAAUUAAUGUUUAGUUUUUAGUGAGAUUAACUGUAGCUCAUUCAUAAUUAAGGUAGUACAGGAAACAUUCUGAUAUUAAUUUUAAAGAUUUUUUUAAUUAAGAGGGGGAUGGAGAUGAGUUACUUGAUGAUGUAUCUAUACAGAAGUCUCCUGUUGGAGAGAAAUAAGAUUGUAUACUUUGUUAGUUGAUUUUUUUACACUGUUGAUAUUUCUCUUAAAAGCUGUUCUGUUAGGUUGAUCUUAUUCUUAUUCGAUUGCUCUUUAUUACUUAAUCAGAUUAAUAGGAAAAAAUCACAGCUAUCUAUUCUAUAUCUCGAACAAAGGCCAUCUUAUUUAUUAUUCCAUGUGGACUCUUAACUAGUCAGAUUCGUUCAAAGAUUAAAAAAUAAAAUAUUAUUAGCCACUUAGAGGCAAGUUUACUAAUAGAUUAGAGGCAAGAUUCACCACUUUGUGUUUAAAAACAAACAAAAUAAAAACCAAUCCCCCUACAUUCCCCCUCUCCAAAAAAAAAUCCUGCACAAAUACCCAUAUAGUCCAAAGGAACUCUUUGUGGGAAAGAAAAUCCUGUUAGUUAUGCAAUAGAUGGACAGAUUUUAAAGAAGUCUUAGCUAAUGCAGUUUUUUCAAAUUGACUGUCUGAAGGUUUUUGGUUUUCUUAUUUAAAUGGGAGCUGAUUAGUUGCAUGCUUUCUCUGUUUUCAGCUACUAAACUGCAUUCAGAUGUAUAAAAAUGUAUAAUACUUUGUAACUCUCUUUAGUUCAUGUACAGUAUUGUAGCUGCCACUGGAAUGUUCUGCAGGUAUGAAUGGAAUUUGAGGUGGUUCAUGAGACAUUCUGUUAAAAUUUGACGCAUUAUGUAAAACUUUGAGAAUUCUCAGAUUCAGGCUCAGAUUGACGUAUUUAAACGUUUAAGAUAGCUGAACAGUGUUUUAAUGACUAGUACAAUUUAUCUGUUAAACCAUAAAAAACUUUUCUCCAGAUUCUUGCAACUACAACAUUUCUCCCUGAAUUGUCUUUUUCUGUUGUUCAGACUACAAACCAUAUCGAUCAGGAAAUGUCUGGAGAGUGUGUAGUUUUUAAUUUUACAUCUUAGAAUCUCUGAAAAUGUCUGAAGUAUAGACAUUUAUUUGUUUUUUCCCACCCCAUUAUUUCUUUAACUACUUUGAAAGUAGUCUCCCUUUCUUCAACAUUUAAAAAGCAGACUGAAGUAGGUCAGGAUCUUACUCCGGUUGUGGGCCAAAAGUCUGGUAGGCUUUCUUUUUGAAACAGAACUGAUUGCAUCUCUGAGUUCCACUGACUAGUUAUUAGAAAAUGUUAUUCCAUUUGUUCUGCUAUUAUACAUACAACGUUCUUGAUUUUAAUUCUCGUGUUUUCUCAAGAAACUGUUCCAUGUGUUCUUUCUGUUCAUUAUUCUGAGGAUCUCAGCUCUGGAGAUACUUUUUAUACUAUUGUUUGACUUCAGAAAUGUCUACUACCAUUAUAAUGAAGGCCUAUGUGCUCUGGCAAGGCAUACCUAACUUUCAUAGCAAAGGUCUCUGUUUUCUGUGGUGCCCCACCUCUCAGAAUACUGCAGCAGACUCAUAUACUUACAUUGAAGUAAAUAAGAAAAUUAAUGCAGCAGCUAGUGCAACAUUCCUUGUUAAUUGUUGCUUAAUUUGAGGUAUCGCUUAUUUUGUGGUGUUUUGCAAAUUUUUUUGACUCGAAGCAUGUAACUUGUGGAUGUAAUGCCUGGGAGAGCUGGUGGUUUUGGGAGAAGAAUAACUGUUGGGCUUUAGGCACUUCAGAAGGCACAGGCAGUGUAAAAUCAAUGUUGACAUUUAAAUGUUAGAUUUUGGAGUUGACCUCAAAUUGAGAUGAAUGCAAAUAGUACACAUCUGAUCUUUUUGGGUGCUAUUGUUUCAAGUUUUCUGCUGAUUUAAGACAACAGUUAAUUUGUUUAUUUCUGGGUAACAUUUAGAAGACUGUCUUGACAACUAAAAAAACAAGACAUUUUCAUUGUGGUUUAAAUUUAGAUUCUGCUGCACAAUUGUGUGGUAAAAGGUGGAAUCUUUAGAGAAUUCUACAACUUUAGAAUAAUCAGGGCCUUGGGUAUAACUUUGAAAGAUCUUAACUUCUUUAGUUUUGAAAGUCUCAUAGUGGCUUGUGUUCUCAUUCCUGGACUAUGACUUUGCAAAGUUGGUAAAGAAUAUCCCCAUUCUUGUAGUGUGUGUUUUGCUUCAGUCAGGCAUUCUAAACUAAAUUAAUCCUUGCUGCAACUCCAGUAUCUUCCUGAGAACUAAAACAGAGACUAAUUUGGCCCCUUCUGCUUAUUUCUCAGCAUCUGUCAUGGAUAUAACAUUCUUACGUUGUUUGUUAUUUUCAAUGUCAUUCCUCCUCAUAUUCUCAAAAUAUAAGUAGCUUUACUAUAUUUAGAAAUAAGUUAUCUUGCUGAAGCACAAAACUCUUUCUUUAGAAAGUUGAGGUGUAGAAAUAGUGAGCAACUUAUGUUACUAUGUCAAUCAACUGCUAGAAUUAAAUAUUUAAUUUAUAUAACACAUCAUUAAAAUUGAAUAUGCUCAGGUAAUUUUUCCAUUUUACAAAAAAUAAAUAUACAAUGGAAGCAAACCUAGGAGUUAGGAAAGCUGCUUAUUGUAAUCUCCAGUAUUAACAAGAGUGUUAUCUGUUAAACAUACAAUAUAAUGGCUUCUUACUACACAAUUUGUAUAAUAAGCUUACCUUUGAUAAGAUUUGUGAUUAAGGUCAGAAGAGGGACCAUCGUGAUCAUCUAGUCUCACCUUCAUACACAGGCCAUAGAACCUCACCCAGUAACUUCUGUGUCAAGCUCAUAACUUCUGUUUGAGGUCUGCCAUAUUUUAUAAACAAUUUAUUAUUUGUUUUUCUUGGGAACUUUAUUACAAAUAAUCUUAGAUUAAUACACCUCUACCUCGAUAUAACGCUGUCCUCGGGAGCGAAAAAAUCUUACCGCAUUAUAGGUGAAACAGCGUUAUAUCAAACUUGCUUUGAUCCACCGGAGUGCGCAGCCCCGCCCCUUUCCCCAGGGCACUGCUUUUCCACGUUAUAUCCAAAUUUGUGUUAUAUCGGUUCACGUUAUAUCGAGGUGAGGUGUACUGGAUGUUUAAAAUAUUGUAGUCUUGAAGUGUGUGGAUCUACAUUUUUAAAACUAGGAAUAGUCAAAGUCAAAUAAGAUGGCUGAGAGGGAGUCUUGCCAAAAAAAUCUGUCUGGUGUCUUUUUUUUUAAUUAAGUGUUGUUAGCUAAAUAUAUUCAGAGUGAGAAGUAACCAAAAUUAUGUUCUACUUCAGGCUCUACAGCAUUAACUAUAAUGCAAAUCUUUAACAAACUAGGUUUACAGUUCUUCAUUAAAUAGCUUCCUUGCACUAGGGUAUACAUACACAGAGUUUAGUAUUUAAAGAGGAGUGUUUAAAAUAUGCACAGCAGAAAAUGGAAAAUUGGUCAUUAAUCCAACUCCUCCAAUUCUGUGGUUUAUACUUUUUUUAAAGUGCCAAUUGAUAUAAACUAGUAUUUUUCCUCAAAUAGGGAAGCGAUAAAUUAAAUAAACUCCUGAAGCUGCAAAAUAUAUUGUAUUUUAGAGUAGCUUUGUUUCACUCUAUCAGCUAUAUAGUAAAGGAUUUAAAGUUGUGGUAUUCUGUUAUUGAUUUAACAUAAGGGAGUUGCCAAUUCCAUAAAAGAAAAAUGGGAAUCAAAGACUAGUUUAUGAAAAGUAGCAUGUUAUAUAUUUUGAUUUGCUAAAAAAAAAUAGAAUACCUGGAUUGUGGAAAUAUUAAUGUUCUCUGGUAAAAAGUGCAGCAUUUAGUGUUUUAUGUAACACAAAGCGAAUGUUUAUUAUACAUAACGGAUGUUAGUUUUUCUAAUAUGCAUUAUGGAACUUGCAAUUUUGUAAAUAUAUUUGGCUUUGGUUUUUACCAUAGCUGUGGGGUACAAUGCCUGAAAUCUGUUGCAGCUUCAAGUAACAUACUUAACAGCUAUAUGUCAGUGUUGCUCCAUGAAGUAAAUACAUUAAUUCUGGGAGACAACUUCAUGUGUAUAAAAUGUUCGAAGUGCAAUAAAGUAACUAAUGAUUCAGUUAGUAA